ACAUUAAAUUUUAACAAGCGUGGAAGGAACGUCGAAAAUGAAUUCGAAAUUCAAACGAUAGUUUUCGCUGUUCCUCGUCGAUGGCGCCAGUAGCGCUGGGUUGCCUGUUGUGGAUGGACGUGUGGUGGUGUUAAUUUCCUACGACGUGACUGAUCAAACUUUGAACGUGAUUUAUUUUGUGAACUUUGUGAAUGACUAUAUAAUUUUUCGUUCUGUUUGUUUGUGAUAUCCAAAUUCCUUGAUAUCGUAACGUGUGUCGGCUCCACGAAAACCACAAACAUGGCUGUAAGAACAGAGAUCCCGGUGCAUAAUAAUAUAAUUAUAUAAUAAGGCUUUUUUGGCUCUUUAACUGACAAGUGAAAAAAAGUGUAGUGAAGUGCAAAAAUGUCUUCUAUCGAUAAAAUGUAUAAUUUUACGUUGAGCGACGCGCAAAAUGGGACAUUUUAUCCCACUGAGGCCACGAUCUUGGCCGCUGUCUGUGCGAGCGUAUUCAGCGUUGUUGGAGUAGUUGGUAACUUAGUAACCGCUGUAGCUCUACUCAUGCAUCCGAAGCUAAGAGGCCACGUGACCACAAUGUUCGUGCUCUCCCUCUGCCUCUCCGAUCUACUCUUCUGCGCCAUCAACCUGCCUCUAACCGCCAAUAGGUUCAUCAAGCAACACUGGAGUCUCGGGCCUCAGCUGUGUCAACUUUUCGCGUUCAUUUUUUAUGGAAAUGAAGCCGUGUCACUAUUGUCCAUGGUGGCUAUCACUAUUAACAGAUACACAUUGAUAGCAUACUACGACAUGUACGCGCAAAUCUAUACGACCACGAAGAUAUGGAUACAAUUGCUCCUCAUCUGGAUCGUGUCUUUCGGAUUCAUGAUUCCCCCCCUGCUCGGCAUCUGGGGUCAACUAGGGUUGGAGAAGAACACGUUUUCGUGCACGAUAUUACCGAAGAACGGGCAGUCGCCGAAAAAAGCGUUGUUCGUUUUCGGCUUCGCGUUGCCCUGCGUCGCGAUCAUCGUCUCGUACUCGUGCAUCUAUUGGCGCGUCAGACAGAGCAAACGGAAACUUGAAGGACACGGUAAACUCAGCGGCCAGACUGCGAAAGAGAAAGAAGAAGACUCUAGACUGACGAGGCUGAUGCUGACCAUCUUCGUGUGCUUCCUCGCCUGCUUCCUGCCGCUGAUGAUCAUGAACGUGGCCGACGACGACAUCACGUACCCCUGGCUCCACAUCAUCGCCUCGAUCCUGGCGUGGGCGUCCAGCGUGGUCAACCCGCUGAUCUACGCGGCCACCAACAGGCAGUACCGGGCCGCCUACGCCAACCUCCUCAAGUUCUGCAAGCUCAGCCCCGCCUCCCGAAGAACGACGUACGGCAGUCGAACCAUGGCGCAGUCCUCCAACUGAUCGGUAAACAAUCAAAUGAAAACAACUAAUUUAAUGUAUACAGUAAUCGCCUCGUAUAACAAGGGAGAUUGGAUCGCGUUGUACGAGUAUGCCCAUAUAACGAGUUAUGUACAUAAUAUAAUAAUAUAAUAUCGAGGGGUGCAAGGUUAUUUGGUUUAAGUGACAUUUCGCUUAAUACACUAAAUCUAUCUUUGUAAUUAAAUAGUAUCAACAGAUGUUUUUAAUUGAACAUCAAUUAUGUUUACCUCAUUCAAAUAGCUGAAGAAGUUUUUUGUCAUGAUAUUUUUUCCAAAUUUUAAUGGCUAAAUUGCUCUCCUGCAAAGUUGCAAAAAUGUCGCUUAAACUAGAUAGCCUUUCACCUAUCGAUAUACAUACAAUAAAUAUGAUACAAUAUAAUCAAUGUUUUUUUAUAAUUAAAAAACAAGGGACAAUUUUUUUUUAUAUUUUAAUGUAAUUAAAUUUUAUAACGACACAAUUGACACAAUGUGCAACAAAGGUACGCGAAAUUAAUUAUGAACUGUACAAAUCAUUGUAAAUUUCACAGUAGGUACAGAUAUAUAGCGUGUGUAAUCCCCGCGUUAUAUGAAGAAUUCCGUGUUAUACGGGGCCUGAAAUCGGGUAAUAUAAAAAUGCGUUAUAAGAGUACCGUGUUAUAAAGGGCGUUACUGUAAUAAUAAUUAGCAGCUUAUUUUAAUGACAUGCUAUUUUUUCAAUAACCGUUAAACGUUUAUAAGCGCCACGGCAGCUUUGAUCAACUCUAAAGCUAUUGACUUUUUUUUUAAUAAAUAAUCCGUAUCGAAUCUCAUAUUUUUUAUUUAUUUCGCCUUCGCAGUUGGCUAUAAAUAAAUAUUUUGUCUAAAACUGACAUUGGAUAGGUCAGUAUUUAAAUAAUAUUUACUUUUAUAAUUGUAAAUAAUCCAAUCUACUUAAUUCAACAAUUAGUAGUAUUCCUAAUACUCAUAAUACUGUUUAAUUAAAACAAAUAUAAUUUUAGCGCCCUAUAAUAUUUUAAUACAAUUCGUUGUUUGUAAAUAGCAAUAUGUGUGUAUGUUGUUUAAUUUUAAUAUAUUUAGUUGAGUUGAACUGUUUCGAACUGGCUGCUGUGUUAUUGGAAGCUGUUGAUGUAUUAAGAAAUCGUUCAUUGAGCUUACAUUUAUUAUAUUACUACUAAAUGAAUAUGUAAUGCAUUAACAUUUCAAUUGAUGAAGUCUUGAAACUAUUAUUUUUUAUUUUUUUAUUGCUUAGAUGGGUGGACGAGCUCACAGCCCACCUGGUGUUAAGUGGUUACUGGAGCCCAUGGACAUCUACAACGUAAAUGCGCCACCCACCUUGAGAUAGAAGUUCUAAGAUCUCAGUAUAGUUACAACGGCUGCCCCACCCUUCAAACCGAAACGCAUUACUGCUUCACGGCAGAAAUAGGCAGGGCCGUGGUACCUACCCGCGCGGACUCACAAGAGGUCCUACCAGCAGUAAUAUUAAGAUAAAAAUGGUUAUGAUAAAAUCCCCAAAUAAUUAAGUACUCAGGUAACAACACGUACAUUAAACGUAACCAAAGCUUCAUAAUUACCUUAGUAUCUUUAUAGAAAAAAAAAAACGGUAGAAUGAUAGAAAACAAAUUUUUGUUUGCGCAAUUUGUUUAGGUAUAAAUAUUUCUAGUUCGCAUUUUGUCUUAGGUUAUAAAAGAAAAGUAAUUAAAGCAUUCCUUUAAGUAAAACUAGUUUAAAUAAAUAUAUCGAUGUAAAAAUGUAGACAGUUUUAAGAUAUAUAACACUGUAAUUAGGAUUAAGCGCGUCGCGAAUGUAUUUUUUUUUUCGACAUAGUGUUGCAUUUUGAAAAAAAAGAAAAAAACAUUUGUGGCUGUAUCUCACUUGUCGCUUUUGCUUGGCGUUGUUUCGAGAACGCUGAACCGAAAACUCACAGAACUGAACAUGUUUAUAUAAAAUUACUUACGUUCUCAAUUUUGCAUUAAUGUAUAUUCCUAUGUAUAAGUAAUAUUGCACAGAUAGACUGGGUAUUUUUUUUUUAUAAUUUCACUGAAAUUUUCACAUCAACUCAAAUUUUCAUCCAUAUUGUUUUUGUAUUCCUACUUCAAAUCUUAUUCAAUGUUAUAAUAGUCGCUAGACAUGAAAAUAGAAGAUUUAUGUUCAAUUAAAAUUAAAAUGUGAUUUCCCCGUCACACGAUCAGUCAGAGAAGGUAAGUGGCUAAACAAAGAAAAUAAAUAUCAUUGAACUAAUAGUCCAAAGGUAAACAGAAAAAAAAUAUUAACAAACAAUAAAUUUACGCUCACGCUACUUCGAGGUCAUCGACCUGGGCUGUCAGUUAAUAAUUUCUAUUGUAUUAAUAAUAUGAUCACAGCAAAAAAAAAAAAAAUGUAAAUUUUUUACUCGUCUCCGGGAUCACUAUCUUUAUUCGUUUUCUUUAGGACUUUACCAAUAAAUAGAUUUGCAAAAAAUUCAACAGUAGCCAAAAAAAAUUUUAAAGUACCAAAAGCUUUGUGUGCAAUUACGACGUAAAUUAAGUUCAUAUUAUUAUGAAGGGUAGAAUUAAGGAGUACAAUCACAGUGUAUUAAAAAGUGUCCGCUGAAAGGAGACAAUGAAGGUGGCGCCACAGUAACUAGUGGAGGUAUUUUAAAAACCGCGCCAUAAACUAUAGUAUGAUAUUAAACUUAGAAGAAUAAAAACAUUUCCUACGUAAAUACCUAUGUAGUAAUAAAAUAAAUAUUUAAGAUUUUAAAUGCUGUAUAUUGUUUAACUACACAAGUCACGAAAUAUAUAAAUUGUUUCAACUUCGCUAAUUUUAAAACUGCUAUAUUGAUAUCAUUUCCACAUCCUACACUAGCGCGGUUUCGGUGAGUCUUCCUACAAUAACUUGCUGUAUACAGUUGGAAACAUUUUCAAUUUGUCCCCUAUACAAGAUGGCGCACCUUACUUCUACCCACCAUAGUUCUAUAAUUUAAAUGGAAUUUCAUUAAACGUCAAAUUUAUAAAGACUGAUAUGAUAAGUCCAUUAGCAUACAAAUACUAACUUAAUAUGCAACAUUGCCACAGAGCUGUCACGCGUGGUUCGAAGAUCUACAAUCAAAUUCGAUUCUAUAAAAAUUAUGAAAACUCAAUUACGAUCGCUUAAGAAGGGAAACUAAAGAAUAUUUAUGUCCAAUGCUGGCGACGGGCCCGUAAGCUGAUGUUCAAUGUAGUGUGUCCGGGGCGAGAGUGCUAUUAGUGCUGUAAGGAAUGGCCAUUCUUUUUUGCCUACCUACUACUAGUAACCUCAAGGGGCUAGCUUCACCGAACGUCUAGACAAGUUCACGAGGCUCAACCUGGGAGACUGCUAUCAUCUACCACCGGAUCGGAAUCGCGACCCCAUCGCGAAACUCAGUGGACUGGGCCCCUCAUAUCGGUUUUAUUGUUUGUGAUUUAAAAUCAUAAAUAAAUCUGAAGACUUACAUAUGUGUCGCGGGGAGCUGAGUUUGAUUUUGAUUUUAGUAAACUGAAGUUCACUGGAAGUGAACUUGUUAAAAUACAUAUUGCAAUAAAUGAUAACAAAUUAAUAUUGUUAGAGUCGGGAUAGUAGGUACUAAUGUCGGCAUUUGCAACUUCAAAAACGGCUCUCAUAUAUUCUGAAAUGUUGUGUCAAUUAUAAUCAUGAUUUUUUUAAAGAAUGUAUAGUAAAGCUCAUUAGUUUUGAAAUAUGCAUAAUUAAGUUGGAUUAAGUUCGAAUAUACAUAUAAGCUUAGAGACUUAACCUUAGAUAAAACCACAAGGCCAAAGAAAUAAUGUCUUUACCUAAUUUACGAAGGUGAGUAGAAAAAUAGUUUGAAAAUUUUUAUUAUCAAAAUUGAUGUUACAAUUUUGGUCUAUUGUAUUCAUAAGAUUGUAAAAUUAGGUAGGCUCGUGCGUUUUUAUAAAAAAAAUAUAUUGUUUCUCUAGAAUACGGGUGAGUAAGCAUUUUUCUUCUCUCAUACAAGUUAUUUUCUUUACGUUUUCACCUGUAUAUUGUCAUAAGCCUUUCAUCUUGCACAUUUUUGUAAAUCAAUACAUGAUAGAUACGUAUUUCAAAAUGUAAAUUUAUGUAAAUUUCGUGUGUAGAUAAGUGACAAUAUUUUAUUUAUAUAAAUGAUUUAAAAAUUGGUUACAACUACGUACUACUUAUUGUAAAUAAAUAUUUUCUAUCUUGAGAACUAAAAAGUAUGAUUGUGCUAAAUUUUAAUUACUUUAUUCCUAGUUGAAUAAGUGUAGAUGUUCUAUGUCACGUAUAUUCGUUAGCCAAAGUUAAAUUAAUAAACAUUUUUAUAUGCA